AUGCCUACAUACCCAUUAUUACACUUUUUCCAAGAAGCUAUUAUGAUUGUUUGGACGAGUCGCGAGUGGACAUGGUCAUGGAUUGAAAACAAUAUCAAAUCGGUAUUGAUCGACGAUCAUCAGGUUAGUUGUAGCGUUAUUACUUUCACUGAUUUAUUUAGUAAAAACAGACACACAUUGGUAAUAUUGCAUACUAGAAACUAAAGAAUAUAGAACAAAAAUAUCAUUUUCACUGUCCAAUUCUGGAAAGCCACAGCCUGCUGCCUAUAGUCUGGGCUAUAGUACAAAUGUUUAACAUAAUAUGCGCACGUGGCACACGUGCAGUGCUGAAGCAAAGCUUUCGAUUUGGCGGUCAUUCUUAUUUGUUUUUUAAUAUUUCAUUUCUCAAACGAUAUUAUGCGGGUGUAAAUUAAAAUUUUUUGUCAUUAAUCAAUAUCCGGUGGAUACUGUAGCGCUAUCCAACCGUCGUACAACCGGCCCCAUGAAUGGGGGUGAAAUAUGAUGUAUGACGGGACAAUUGGUAAUUUUCAUUUUAGUAGAGUAAUGUCACCCUGGUUUUUUUCUUGUCCUGGUCAUAGUACUGAAUUUUCAAAUUGCUUGAGCCAGAAGAAAUAAAUAAUAAUUCUGAAUACAAGCUUGAGCAACAAUCUUUACUUCACAUAUAUCCAAGCUUACAACAUGUACUAGUCUUAGUAUAUGAACACACAAACACAAACAAUAUCGCAUUACAAAAUAGUAUGAUGAGCCUUUAAGUACAAAGGACACAUAUAAACGGUAGGAACCAGGUCUCUAGUUAACAUCGCAUUGCUGUCUGAAACCCUAUAGUCUAGUGGUAAAACAACCGAACCGGCAAUCGGGAGACACAGGUUCGAUUCCCGUUGGGAGUUAAGAUAUUUUCUGAAUACAAGCUUGAGCAACGAUCUUUACUUCAUAUAUAUAUAUUAGACAAUUGCCAGAGAGUUUAACAAUGAGGUAACUAACAUUUUCACAACCUCAAGAAUGGCACAAACCAUUCAGUAAUACUGUAUAUGACAAUACACGUAGUUGUUGUUUCUUACUCUGUACUCAUUUGUUUAGCCAUUUAUGCUUAAAGAAGUCAAACCUGUCAAAGAACAGUCAUACCUGUUCAAGCAUCUGUAAAAGAUAGACCACUUGGAAAUUAAUUGCUAAUUCAUUUCUUGUUUUCAUUUUAUUAGCAUCCCGCAUUAAGAAAUAUCCCGCAUUAAGAAAUAUCCCACUUACUUGUAUUAUAUUAUUUCACAUGUAGAUCAAUCCAGCAACCUAUGGAAUUGAUAUGGAAGAUCCUUUGCUACUAGAUCUAGAAAAUGAAUUGUCUAAUCAUGUAGAAGUUCCCGAAACACUGCAACCUGUAGACAAAAAUGCAUGGUUGGAACUCGAGGAGACAAUUGAUCGCAACCGCCCUUCGGCAUAUCAGGGUGUGGAUAUUUAUGCGAGGUUCUUCAGUUCAUAA